GGGCGAAGGAAUUUAGGGUACACAGGAACAACAAACAAUCCACGACCCCAACGUGUGCUGUGCUCCAGCCCCCGCCCUCUAUCUGGUCGGGCAAGCUCGGGCCUGCUGGGCCGGGCUGGUCGGAUCUGGGUUUGGUUUGGCUUGGCUUGGCUUGGCUUGGCUUUGGAGUGUUGGCUGAAGCAGCUGCUGCUUCUGGGCUCAGGGUCAGGCUUUGUCGAGGGAGGAGAGAGAGGAGGGACAGGAGGAAGGCAGGGGAGAGUGAAAUCACUUUGAUCCUCUCGGUGCGUGCUACCGAGAGGAGGUGGAGGAGAGGCCAUUAUUCAGCGGGUUGCGGCCUUGCUGUGGGCCUUCUGUAUGAGGGUGCGAGCCUGGGGGCCUGGCGAAGGGGGAAGAGGAUUAGCAGUAGAUUGUGGAGUGGGGGUGGUCGUCGACGAUGACGAAAGUGAAAACGGUAUGAGCGAGGAGGAGCAGCAGCGAAAGGCCGAGCGGAGCAUAGGGCGAGCAAAGGGAGAGUGAGGAAGUAGUUAGAAUUUGUGGAUUUGGAGCGGAGUAGGGCAGGAGGGAGUGCCGGGGGUCGGGGGCGGGGCGCGGAGGAGAAAGGAAGGAAGGUCGGGCAUAGGAGUACUCGGCGCGAUGGGGACAUCGUUGCCCCCGAAGGAGGCGAAUCUAUUCAAAGUGAUUGCGAAAUCGUACGAGACAAAACAGUACAAGAAAGGAUUGAAAGCCUCGGACAAUAUCUUAAAAAAGUUUCCGGAUCAUGGAGAAACCUUGGCAAUGCGGGGGUUGACUCUGAACUGCAUGGAUCGUAAGGCAGAGGCAUACGAGCUCGUAAGAAGGGGGGUGAAGAAUGAUUUGAAGAGCCAUGUGUGCUGGCACGUCUAUGGGCUGCUAUAUCGUUCUGAUCGAGAAUACAGGGAGGCAAUUAAGUGCUACAGAAACGCGCUGCGAAUUGACCCUGAGAAUAUACAGAUACUUCGGGACCUCUCGCUGCUCCAGGCCCAAAUGCGGGACACCGCAGGGUUUGUAGAAACUCGUCGACAAUUGUUGACGAUUAAACCGAGUCAUCGUGCCAACUGGAUCGGGUUUGCCAUCGCACACCACAGUAAUCAUGAUGCUGCUAUGGCUGUGCAGAUUCUUGAAGCCUAUGAGGGAACGCUUGAGGAUGACUAUCCUCCUGAUAACGAUGGUAAUCCUCCUUUUCCUCCUGAACGCUAUGAACACAGCGAGAUGCUUUUGUACAAGGUGACCCUGUUGGACGAGUCAGGAGCUCCCGAGAGGGCGUUGGCAGAGCUCAACAGCAAGGAGCAGAAGAUUGUCGACAAGGUUGGAUUGAAGGAGCACCGCGCUGCCCUGCUUGUCACUCUGAAUCGCUUGAAGGAAGCCCAGGAGGUUUACAGAUACCUCCUUGACAUGAACCCUGACAAUUACAGCUACUACGAUGGCCUGCAGAAGUGCCUCGGCCUGUCCCGUGUAGAAAACGGCAGCUAUUCACCUUCUCAAUUGGAGAAGCUCGUUGAGCUGUACACUUCUUUGCAAAGGCAAUACCCUAAAUCCUCUGCUGCAAAGCGCAUUCCCCUCGACUUUUUGCAAGGGAUUGAGUUUGUGGAGGCUGCUAAGACCUACAUUACAUUUUUCCUCUCCAAGGGUGUUCCUUCCCUUUUCUCAGAUAUUCGUCCACUUUAUGACCAAAGGGGGAAGGCGGAUUAUUUGGAGGAAAUCAUCACAGGAAUUGAGAGCUGCCUAAAAGAGACAGGAUCCUUACCCGGUAAGUCUGACAGUGAACCUCCCCCGACCCUGAUGUGGACACUGUUUCUUCUCGCUCAGCAUUAUGAUCGAAGAAGGAAAUACGAGAAAGCGCUGGAAAAGAUCGACGAAGCCAUCAAGCACACGCCGACAGCAAUCGACCUCUACCUCGUCAAGGGCAGGAUAAUGAAACAUGCAGGUGACCGAGUAGCUGCAGCUGCCCUGGCAGACGAGGCGCGUUCUAUGGACUUGGCUGACAGAUUUAUCAACAGCGAGUGCGUGAAGAGGAUGCUACAAGCAGACCAGGUAGAUUUAGCAGAGAAAACCGCGGUUCUGUUUACCAAAGAUGGCGAUCAACAUAACAAUCUCUUCGACAUGCAAUGUAUGUGGUACGAGCUUGCAUCAGGUGAUAGUUACUGGAGGAAAGAUAUGCUGGGGAAGGCAUUGAAGAAUUACCUCGCUGUGGAGAAGCAUUACACCGACAUGUUGGAGGAUCAGUUUGACUUUCACACGUACUGUCUACGAAAGAUGACUCUUCGAGCCUACGUUCGUAUGUUGAAAUUUGAAGACACUCUGCACUCUCACCGUUUUUUCUGCCGAGCAGCUGCAGCUGCCAUCAAAUGUUACGUGAAGCUUCACGAUACACCACCGAAGACAUCAGAAGGCGAGGAAGAGAUAGCCGUAGCUGGAUUAUCCCCAGCUGAACGCAAGCGGGUUCGGCAGAAAAUGCGGAAAGCAGAGGCUAAAGCUAAGAAAAUGGCGGAGGAGAAGGCUAAAGAAGACGAGGCAUUGGCGUCAUCAAAUGUUGCGAAGUCAAAUAAGAAAGGUUCUCAAGCAACGAAGCAGGUUGAUGAUGACCCUGAUGGUGAUAAACUAUUACAUGUCUCUGAUCCUCUGGAGCAGGCUGUCAAGUAUGCCAAACUUUUGCAGGACAAUUCUGCCGGAGCUCUUGAAACUCACAUGCUUGCAUUUGAGAUUUACUUCCGGAAGAGAAAAAUCUUGCUAGCUUUUCAAGCAGUGAAGAAGCUGUUGAAACUGGAUGCUGACAACCCCAACGUGCAUCGUAGCCUGAUUUACUUCUUCAACAUGGUGGACAAUCUCCCUGGAGCACAAUCACCUGCAGAAAAACUUGUGCAAGAGGUCAUUUCUGUGGAAAGGGAUGCUCUGACCGCUUUGGGUAACAAAUCAUUGCUGGAGAUGAACAAAGCGUUUUUGGAGGCUCACAAGGAGUCUUUGCUGCCCAGAGCUGCGGCAGCUGAAGUUCUCGUUCUCCUUUCGCCAGAUUCAAAGGAGGAGGCUGUCAAGGUGAUUGAGGAUUCUGUCAACCCUCCUGUUGCACCGGGAGGUGCUAUUGGAGAUGGAGUGGGUGAGUGGGAGCUCGAUGACUGUGUUGCAGUACACAAAAUUUUGCUAACAUCUGUGAAGGAUGAGGACGCGGCAUCUCGAUGGAGAGUGAGAAUGGCCGAUCUCUUUCCUCAUUCCACUUAUUUCAUGGGUCCCAAGAGCUCAGCUGUAUUAGGAGCCGCAAGCCAAGUCCCUUGUUCUUUAAGUAAAAAGGAGGAGCAACCUUAAAUUGAUUAGUGAGCUAGUAGAUUUUGACCCAGGUGUUGGAUGUAGAUCAUAGAGCUGUAGGCGACACAGACCCAAGUGUUUGUGAUGUAGAUCAUUUAUCAGGACUGAGUAAAUCUGAUGCUUGGAGUCGUUGAGCAUGUCAUUCUUCGACAUUCAGCGUAAUUUUUGGCAUCCCUUGAGCUGAGCAACAUGUCAAGCCUCACUCUUGCUGAAAUAACACUCCAAGAACGGGAUGACAUAAGCAGUGAAGAGUUCUGACAUGGAUUCAAGAGUUCCGUGUCUAGCAGCUAUUUAUCUCCUCGACUAGUGAACAAAGAUCUGAAAGCAAGCGAAUCUGAAGUAUGAGGAUAUGCAAUUUAGGGUUUUUCUGCACCACCAGCAAUUAACAUCUGCUGGAUUGUAAGAAAGUUUGUGGUUCUUGCAAUAGUACCUUUCUGCUCUGAUUUCCAUGCUACAGCCAAUUAGCAACAGCAGAUUAUCACAUUUAGAAUGUGCUUCCUGCUUCGUAAACUGAUUCAGAAGUACUUUAUUUCAAGAAGAUGUCCUGGUGAUGGGAGAAGAACUUGCAGCACCCAUGCUCGCUGCUCGAGUCGAUUAUGUAGCAACUGUUGGAGGUAAGUGGAAUUUUUCGGUAGUUACUGUAUUGAAUUCAGGGAAUUCAACCCACAUCACAAUCGCAUUGUUUGAAAGAGAUUACUUUGAAGUCUUCAAGUGCACUGUCUACUGAGUUACUUUUUCUAGUUCUUUGAAGGUUCAAUCGCCUGUUCUUCAUGUAGGCUGUUUGAGGCCGCAUUCUUCUACUUCAUUGUCGUAUAAACUUGUGUUGCAAGCGUUCAUGCCCAGUCUUAGGUGUGUGAUGGUUAAGUACAAAGCUUCUAUAGUACAUACUGUUUUGCAAGGAAAUGUAGAGAGGGCUUGCUAUAUUUUCAAGUCAUGUUGUUGUGAACUACUUGUUCCUGGCUCCUUUCCAGGUUUGUGUACAAGUUGCAAACUUUAUGCAGAAUCUAUUUCGCACUAAGAGUUGCAGGGGGCUCUCGUUGGAUAUGACUAGGACUAUGAAACGAGCGUCUUCCGGUUUGUCCUCUAAUGCUAUCUAGUUUAUUGAUACGCUGGCUUUACACAAGAAGGCUUCUCAUUAUGAUGCUCGUGGGUCUUACAAGCGUUACUCAACCUCCCGUCGCCUUGAUGCGAAGAGAUUUUGUACACUAUGCUCUUACCGUAUGAAGGUACCUUCGGUCAAUUAGCGCUUAAUAUCCUCUGGUCGCGAACUUUAUGUGACAUUCUUAUCCGUAACCAGUUUAAUUUUAAACAAUUUUAACUGCCCAAUAACCAAUUUGAUCCCACGGUAAAGAAUAACCUGUAAACAGGUUAUUCUUUACCGUGGAAUGGCAAUCAGCAGGG